UUUGAAGCAGGAACCUUGGGGAGUAGUCAAUGUGGGUGGAAGACCGAAGAAGAAGAAGCAACGAACGAUGUGGCUGGAGAUUAUCUUCGGUUUGGUCUUCUACAAAUUGUUCCGACGAUUCUUUUACGACGACGAUGUUUUAGACAUGGAGGGAUCUGAUUAUUCUGUUCUUUUCUCCGUCGCUGAUAGGCUUAAAAAAAUCUAUGGAGCAAAUGUGUAUGUGGGUCUUCGAAUUCCCGAUGCUGACACUGCUUCUCGACAGAGCAUUGAUAUUGUUCUUCUCACCAAACAAGAGCUGGCGGUGGUUUCUGUGAAAAACUACUCAGGAAUUUUGACAAUUGGUGGCGAUGGUAGCUGGCUCUGUGAAAAGCCAGACAAACGUAAAGCAGAGCGUCACCCUGAUCCUGUGGAAGAAACACGGAAGCAAGCUUCUAUUCUCGAAUCAUAUCUUGAACAGAGAGGGGUUGCUCUGCCUGAAGGAUACAUAUGUUGCAAAGUUAUACUUCCAAAUCCUAAAUUAUGUGCCAUUCCUGUAGAUGGUUUUCCAUCUGAAGUUAUUACCCAUGAUCAAUGGAUUCAACUGAAGUCAGAGGCAAAGAGCAAACUGUCUAGUUGGGUAAAGAGUGCUUUUCGUAGUGGGAAGAAGGAUAUGCUGGAAUCUGUUAAUCAGAAUCUUGAUUUUGUCCUUAGCUCAGCACCAAUAUGGGAUAGGGUGGAGCUUAAAGGCAACAAGUACGUAUUGGGUGACUUUCUGGAAUUUAAGGGCAAACGAGAAGAUGUUGAGGCUUUAAGACAUAUUAGAAGAUCAAAAGUUAGUCGCGUGGUAAUCCAAAAGACAAGCAUGUUUGGACUGGCUCCUUCCAGGCUUCAAGUUCUAUGCAGGUUGCGGGACUACAGAGGUGAAGGUGCUUCCGAAUCAGAGUGGAAAGAAGAAACCGUAAGAUCAAGUACAGAGAUAAUCUUUCAGCCUGAAAAUGGUUCAAAAGUUCGAAAGUUUAAGCUCUCCUCAGUGAGCUCUAUGCUUCUUAGUGCUUGAAGUUGGCCAAACUAAAGAAGGGCAUUAUAGUGAUGAUUUUUGCAGCUUGCAUCCAUCUCUCUUCUAUUUUAUAUUCCUCUAUAUGCCCCUUCAAGGAUUUAUACUCUUCGUUAAGCUACAUGAAAUGGAUAUAUAUACAUUAUUAGCCUUUGAAAA